AUGGAUUUCGUUACAUACAUAUAUAUCAUUGUAUUAUUACUACUCCAAUCAAAUGAGUGUGCUGAUAAAACCACUCAAGAACAAAAUCAAGAAGGUCAAUAUGAUCCUUUAACAUUAGAACAAUAUGGACCAGAAUUGGAACCUCAACCAAUAUUGUAUUAUGUACCUCAUUACCAAUUUCAACCACAACCCGAUCAACAACAUAUACCUGUAUAUUAUGGACCAGAUACUUAUCAACCUGUACAAUAUCAAGCUCAAGAACAACACACUGAACCAACUUCAAUACCUCAACCUCAACAACCUUAUCAACCUACUCCACCACAAUAUUAUACAGGAUAUGGUCCUCCUCAACAGUAUUAUCAACAUCAACCACAACCAGAACAGUCACAACCAUAUUAUCCUGGACCUCAAUAUCCUGUACAACAACAAUAUUAUCAAGAACCUCAAUAUCAACCAGUACCACAGUAUUAUCCUCCACCUCAACCACAAGAAUAUCAACUACCUCAACAAGGUAUAGGUUAUUAUGGACCUCAAUAUCAACCACAGUAUUAUCCAGGAUACCAGCCUCAACCAUAUCCACAGACAGGAUAUCAACUUCAAUAUCAACAGCCAAUAUCUCAACCACUUCCUCAAGGACCUCCACCUCAUCCACAGCCUCAACAACCAUAUUAUACUGGACCACCUACUCAACCGCUUCAAACACAGGGUCCAGGACCUACUACUAUACAACCUCAACCUCAAGCUGUACAACAUCCACAACCAAGUCAACCCAGUCAAGUUACUCAAUCUAGGCAACCUAUAGGACCACAAUAUCAACCUAGACAUACUGGUCCAUUAAGACAACCUUCAAAUCUUAGACCCGGUAUCUUAGGUCCAGCUCCUGGUACACUUAGAUUUCCUCCACAACUACAAAAAAAACCAAGACAACAAAAUAUUAGAACACCAACACAACGACCUACACAACGACCUACUCAACAACCUACUAAAGAACCUACUCAACGACCUACUAAAGAACCUCCAACUCAACAAACUACAGAACCAUCUGGGUUACAGCCAGAAACUGUUCCAGUAGAAAUUGGAUCAGAUGAAGAUGAAGAACCUCUAGAACCUCCAAAGGGACCUGGAGAUGGUGAUAAACCACCAGAUAAACCUGAAGAAGGAGAGGAUGAAGAUGAUGGAGAUGAAGAUGAUGAUGACGAAGAAGAGAAAAAACCAUCUAAAGAUGUUAAAAUUUGUAAUACAAUAACAUUUAUGAAAAAGAACAGUGAGGGUAAAUUAGUUCCAAUGUCUGAGGGUGACUAUACUGUGAUAUCGUAUAGUGAAUAUAAUAUAAAAUACGUUUUCAAUGCAGAACUCGAAGCAGUUUUAUGCGACGAAGAGACUAUAUUUACUCAUUUAGCUGGUAGAGAUUAUUGCAAAUCAGUGAUUCAUAAAAGGCAUCAUGGUUCAUUUAACUUUCGUCGGGAUGAUGGAUUUGUAUUAGUGAAGUUUAAGAAUGGUAAAUGGAAAUUUAGAGCAAGAAAUAAUCCCGAUUACGUUAGACUCUAUGCAUUAGAUAAUGAGGGUAAAGAGGUUGAACUUGAUGAAAAAAGUUAUUAUUUAAAAUUUACUUCUUCCGGUUCAUUUAAAUAUGAAUUUUUACAAAAUGUUAGAUUAACCAAAUUUAUAAUUAAAGAUAAAGUAGUUUGGGAAAAAACAAUUACAGACAAUCAUCCUUCAGCAGUUGCUGUUACAGAAAGAUUUAAUGCUAUUAUAUAUUUCGACACAUACACUAGAGUAUAUGGCAGAAGAAAAGGAAAGUAUAGGUUUUUAUUCACUAGACCAAAUAUUAAAUACAUUAAAAAAUAG